GCGCUUUAUUAUGAUUCGUAAAAUAAAAAUCUAUUCUCCUGCGAUUGAUUAUCUUUAUGAUUAAAAUUGACAAUUUCAUGUUUCAUGUAUUUUUCAUUUUUCAAUGGCUACUAUACGACAAUCUGAAUUAACAUGUUUAAAGGAAUUACGAUUCAUACAAUUAAAAAGCUAUGGAAUAACGCCGGAAAAUGAGGACGGAUCAGGCAGCUGUUUAGUUAUCGAACAUCGUAACCAAAGAGUAUUUGUAUGCUGUCGAAAUGAAUUAAUCUAUGUGCCACUUGUUAGCCUUUUGAACUUUGAUGUAUGGAGUAAAAGUUUUUUGAAUCAUGUGGAUACGAAUAUUUCUUCUAAAACUGUGAUCAAAAUCGAUGAGGUACACAUUUCGCAUCUUUUAUCAAUCUCGCGAAAAGGAUAUGGCACCAAAGUGGCUGUCGCUUGUCAUAGUCCUAUAAAACCAUCAACACUCAUUUAUUUUUAUAAUAAUGAUUCAUUUGAAGAAACCAAAGAAAGCACGGUUCCAUUCAAUCAUUUCAACUUUUCUGUCAAUACAGUAGCGAAAAUCCGUUUCAUAUCUUGGCAUCCAGAAAUGAAUGAUAAUAUCUUUGCCUGUUCUCUCACCGAUGGUUCUUUUCUCAUCAUUUAUAUCGGAGAUUAUCCCAGCAAAACUGUAGUGGUUUUAUCUCAAAUGAACUCAAACGAUUGUAAUGUUUCUACUUUUUGCUGGAGCCCGAAAGGCAAACAAAUUGUAAUCAGUCAUGGUGCUGCUAGUUUUGUCCAAUACAAAUUUCAGCUUAAUGACCAAAAUCUUGUUCUCAGUAAUGGAUUACAGGAAACCAAACGUAUUCAAUUGCCCGAAAGUUUUCAGUGUUUUCAUGUCAAAAAUAUUUUCUGGCUAUCAACAUUCAAUUUCGUUAUCAUUGGUAGAUAUGAUGAAAAUAGCGAAUCUUGUUAUUUAUUGGUUUCUAUACCAUCAUCUAAAGCAACUGGUGCUGAUGCCGUAAUGAAAAUCGUUGAUUUUGGCCGUCUUAUUCUUGAAUCUCCAACCGAAAUGAAUGAACCAUUCGAAGGAAACAUUUAUCCUUUGGAGAAUUUGAUAUUUAUGUUCACAAACAAAUCAAGCGAAUUUGCCAUAAUUGGUUCUGUUUCUCCGGAAUUAACUGCUGCCGAUAAUUGGUCGGAAAUCACCAAUGAUGAUAAUUAUCGGUUGAUGUUUUCCGAAGCAGAUGAAUCUUUACAAAUUCGUGGACUAUCAUUUGCACAUGGUACACCAAAACAAUUUCAACUUUCAACAUCGGUCGUCAAAGGUGGAAUCAAUCAACCUUUUGUAUUGGCCUAUAAUUCUUAUGGACAUUUGACAUUAUUUCUAAUUGAUUAUGAAAAUGGUUCUGAUUUCAUCAAAGUGCCUACAGUUCCUAAAUGUGUUAAACCACAGGCACCUUCCCCCGUUACAGCUUCUAAUUUGAAACCACCGUCAAAACCGGAUCCUAUGCCAAUAACACUCAAAUCAUCGACAUCAUCAAGCUUAUUGGUUAAAGCUAAUAAUCAGUCACUACCUACCUCUACGGCGGCAUCGAAUAUUGGAUCAAAUCAAACUACCACCCUGGAAUUUCAUUCGAAACAAAAUCUCUUGUCUACAUCAUCAUCGGGCCUUGAUCAAAAAUCUCUGGCACCAGAAUCGAUUCAAUAUGCAAAAUCAAAAGAGACACAGUUACAACGACAACAACUGCAAAAGAAAGAGAAUGAAAUAGUUCGUAACAUCGAAGAUUUAUAUUAUGAAGAAAUUCUGACCAACAUAAAAGAAUUCGACCAUCAGUUACGACAAUCCAUGCAUUCAUUGCGAAAUCUUUUGCGAAAAACAGCAAUAGGUACGAAUGAAAAACAAGAGCGAAUUAAAUUCGAAUCGAAAUUCAUUACUGAGAUGUUGGAAAAUAUACUAUCAUCUUAUGGUUCAUUAAAUCUCGAUGUCAACGAUCUUCAGACCUCUUGUCUUGAGCUUCAAUAUCUGAUGGAGGAAAGCCGUACGCUUAUGGAACGUCAUAGAGAUCCUAAAUACAGGCACAUAUUGCAACGGAGAAGUCUUGACCCGUUGACGACUCGUCGCAUGAAAGAUAUACAAUCUUUGAAAGAUUAUAUCGAAAUUCAAUUGCGCGAAUUGAAUAACAAAUUUGAUUUAGAAUGGCAAGAAUGGUUGCAACGAAUAAAGCUGCUUGGGUCGACUUCAUCAUCACCGAAAACAUCUACAUCGCUUUUUAAUCAUCAUUCGACCAUUCGUGUUCGAUCUCCACCAACUCGGCCUCAUACGUCAUUUAUUAUUGAUGAAAAAUCUAACGAUUAUGACGAAUGCAACAUCAUCAGUGGUGGUAAAUCAAAGAAUGUCACAGCUAUUGUAUGCAAAGCGUUGGUCAAUAAUCAACAAUUGAUUGAAAAUCUCAAAUUACAAUUGCAAGAUCUGAUUAAAAAAUUUGUCAACCAACAACAUAGAACUCUGAAUGGAUCAUCAUCUGUUUCGUCGUGUAAAGAUGGCAAGGAUUUACAGGAUUUUAUCCGAUCGCUGGGCGAACUUUCAUUGUCGCAGUCAUCUGCUGUUACAAAUUUGAAUCUGACCAACAUUAGUGUUGCUGAAAGCAAAGAACAUUAUUGUGGCGAACCAAUCAUAAUUCAGUGCAUGGAAUCUGGUCGUAAAAUAUCUUUGCGAAAUUUUUUAGAAAAUCGUCAUUCAAUUCCGAUUCGUGUCUGUCGUCCUGUGCAACUUGGACAUGGUUCAUUAUAUACCAAUCAAAAAUCUCGUUUUGCAUCGGUAUUAGAAAAAAUUAAAGAGCGUCGCAUGAUGAUGGACCAAAAACAACAAAAAACUAGAACAAUAUCAUCAUCCAUUUUGAACGAUGAAAAAAAUAAGAUAACAGAAAACAAAGAAAAUAAACUAAUUCAACCUAAGCUAUCACAACAGACACCGGCGACAUCAAUUACUACAAAAUCGGAUGUGUCGAUUUAUUCAGCUACAACCAAACCAAUAGUGACCAGCAACAGUAAAAUUCAAUCACAACAAAAUUCAUCGCCAACAAUAGUUCCAACAUUUUCUUUCAAACUACCACAACAUGAAAACAUCACGACUACCGCUCCCAUUUCAGUAGCUAAACCAUCUUUGACCUUCAGCGGAACCCUAUUUAAGCAAAAUGAUACGAGUAAAUCUUCUACAUCUUUGGCUGAAAAAAAUGAUUUGGACAAGAACAAGACAGAGGUCCCCAUAACCACUAGUAACAAAGAAACAAUAUCAUUAACAUCGACUACAACGAUUUCUUCUCUUUCAACUUCGGCUAAUAUCCAAUCAUCUUCAGCUUUAUCUUUGGCAUUAAAACCAUCGUUUCCAUCCUUUUCCAGUUCGUUGUUCGGUGAAUCCAAGCAGCCAACAGUAGCGACAACAACUGUCGCAGUUACAACUUCUGCUACAUCCACAGUCGCAGUUACAACUUCUGCUACAUCAACAGUCGCAGUUACAACUUCUGCUGCAACAACAGUCGCAGUUACAACUGUGGCUCAGCAAUCACAACCAACCUUUAAUUUUAAUAAUACCUUAUCGAGUUUAUCAUUAAACCCUGUAACUACCAACACCUCUGCGGCAGUCACGACAACAAAAGAAAAUUCGAUAUUUGGAUCACCAUUUGGUGGUAAUCUUCAAUCAUCGAAUCCUUCCUUCAGUCAGCCGUUAGCAUCAACAUCAACAACUUCAUCUUUUUUUGGCAAUUCGACAGCAACAGGCGGAUUUGGAAAUUUUACUUUUGGAGGCACCACUCAAUCAAACAAUAUUUUUGGACAGCAGCAACCAUCCACCGAAUCAUUAUUACCGCCUCAAACAAAAACCGGAACAUUAUUUGGCCAACAACAGCAACCAGAAAAGCCAUUUCAGCCACUGGCCAAUGCAUCACCACCGGGACUAUCAUUUAGUUCGCCUCAUUCACUACCGACAACUAAUGUAUUUGGAGGAAGUCCAUUGUUCGGUAGUAGUCCUACAUUCGGAUCAUCGGCAAUUUUUGGCAGUAUGACAGCAUUCAGUGGCGAACAAACUUCUCCCAUGCUUUCAGCAUUCAACAAUUCAAACCAUUCAUUUGGCAGUAUGGCAUUCAAAAAUGAACCGAUGCCUUCUUUUGAUUCAUUGGCCAACGAUAAUAAAAAUACCAAUUCAUCAUUGGCCACUGGCUUUGGCCAACCACCAGGCAGUGGUGGUGGACAUUUCUUCAAUUCGACAAUAUCACAAAAUAGUGACGCCUUCACUCAACGCCGUGGAUGAUGAUCAUGAUAAAAGAUGAAAAUGGUUGCAGUCG